AUGCUUCCCUCGCGUAUCCUGCGUUCAACAGUGAACGCUGCAGAAAUAUCUUUCUUUUCAGCGCCUUUCUUCGCAGUGUUCAUCCGGCAGAAGCUUCUUGAAACAGCGCGCGAUGAAGAUGAGACUGCAUCGCAAAAUGUCCUAAAGGAUCUCCAGGUUCUGGAUGUCGGCUGUGGGGGCGGAUUACUGUCAGAGAGCCUAGCUCGUUUAGGUGCCCGUACAGUGGGAAUUGACGCGUCCGAAUCCAAUAUUGAGAUAGCCAAACACCACGCGUCGACAGACUCCAAAUUGUCCGAAAAUCUGUCCUAUAUGCACACAUCGGCAGAGUCAUUACUCUCGCAGCCUAAGCGAUAUGACGUCGUGUGCUCGAUGGAGGUCCUGGAGCAUGUUGACAAUCCGGCUCUCUUUCUAUCCACAUGUGCUCAGCUUCCUCAAGGUCUGAGCUCUCUGAAUCUUACUACCGACUUGAUCCUAAAGUGUCUCUAG